UAUUACGCCAGGGCACCGGGCCAUGCAAAACGAGCUCCACUACGCGCUCAUCACUAAACGGCGACCGAGCUCUGGAAAUUAGCCGACUGUCUACAUUUGACAGCUACAACUUCAUAAAUAAUCAAUAGCUAAAAGGCUACAAUAAGCUUAAACAAUGGUGGCAAAACAGAGAAUACGCAUGGCCAACGAGAAACACAGCAAAAACAUCACGCUGAGAGGCAACGUGGCCAAAUCCACGAGAAAUCCAGGUGACGAUAAGGUGGCAGUGGGACCAUGGCUUCUGGCAUUAUUCAUCUUUGUCGUCUGCGGAUCAGCAAUCUUCCAGAUCAUUCAGAGCAUUCGAAUGGGAAUGUAAUAUCAGGAGCCCUACCGCCAUCACCUGUUUCCAGCAUUCCUCUACACAUCAAGUGGUUUCAUGGUCCCUCACAAGACUGAAGAUGAUCAACUACCAUCUGUCCAUUCCUUUUUUCCUAUUUCUCUUUUCCCCUCUUUGGCAUUGCCAAACGGGGUAACACACCCUUGUCAUCAUUGCCUUACAUAACUGAAAAGAAAAGAUUGGAGAUGUUGUUUCAGGGAACUACAUGGGUAUUUGUACAGUGAUGACUGCUGUAUGUGUUGAUUGAUGUGCCAAAACCAAAUGGUGUGAAUGUCUGAUAUUCUCCUGUGGCAUAAAUUCCAGAACACAAGACCACAGUGACUUCAUUCUAGAACUAAACUCUUAGCUCUUCUUGGUUGUACACGGCCAGUAUCUGGUGUCUUAUACCCUUUAUAUUAUAAUGAAUAUAUUAUGUGACACCUUUUCUGUAUUUCCAGUCAUUUUUUUCAGUCAACGAAAGGAAAUGAAGGUCUUUUGAAUCAGAAGAUUUGCACUAUGUGUGGCUAAGACAAUGACAUCUACUAUUUCUGCCUAAACAAACCUCUAAAACAAAUGAAAAAGGUGUAUCCUUGUUAGUGUUUGACAUGUUAUUUUCUUGAGGGGCUGCAUGCCGAAUAACAUUGUAUCGGUUCAUGCACUUCAAAUGUGUAAUGUUGUAUGAAAGAGGAACAUUAACAAACAACUAUAAACAA